AUGUAAGGACUUCUAAAGACAGCAGCUGAAGAAAUGCUUUCUAAAGCCAUUCGAACCUAUACUUUUAAUGAUUUGAUUGUUAUUGGCCGACAUCCAUACAAAAGUUUACCUGAAAUGUUAGCAUAAUACCCAAAUAAUGGAGUAGGAUUUAAAGUAUGGAGAAAGACUUGGCCAGAAAAUAAAUUUAUAAUUAUUACUGAAGCACAUUUCAAAGGAUUGAGAAAUGGCAAAUUUUUUGGUAUCUAAUAUUACAAUGGCAGACCACUUACACCAUAGCCAAUAAAAAUUAGAAAUUGUAGUAAGAGAGGAACUUGGAAAUAUGAUACAAAUAAUACAUCGGGAGUAUCUACAAAUGGUGUCUACUUUAGUGCAGAUGAUUUGAAAGAGUAUUCAAAAUUACAUCAAAAUAGAGAGCAAAAAGAGUGAUAUUAUAUUUGUUACAUAAUAUUAAUGAAUAAUAUAUAUCCAUA